UUUUCGUUCUAAUUAAAAAAAAAAAAAGUAAAAUACUAAUAUUUAUUGGGUUUCUUUUCUGCAAAUUGAAGGGACGCACGAUUUUAGUGGCAAAUCUCACAGUUCUCUCGUCUUCCUUUCCCUCAAGAUCUAAAAAUAAAAAACAAAAAUCUUUACUUUUCCGGAAAAAUUGUUCGUCUUUCUUCAUUCCCACAAGGAAAAAAAACGAAAAUUUCACAUUGCUGAGGUUUGGUUUUGAAGGAAAAAAAAAAAGGAAGAAAGGAUGUUUAGAUCAUCACCAAGAAGAGGACAGAGAUCAAAGGGGUUCAAGGUGAAGCAUUGUGUACAGCUGACUCUGUUGCUUGGUGUUGGGAUAUGGUUGCUUUAUCAAGUGAAGCAUUCUCAUGAGAAGAAGGCUCUGUUUGAAACGAGCGCAAAGGCUGUUGUUGGCGGCGAGAAUGAGAAACCCAUGAUUAAGCUCGGGAGGAAAGAUCUUAACCCUGGUGUUGUCGUCGUUGAGGAUGAUGAAGGUGGUGGAAGGAGGGAUGUUGAUAGUUUCAAUGAGACAAGAGAUGAGCUUGUAGACAAGGACAGUGAGGGUACAGGGAACGAUGACUCUUCUUCAAACAGUGAAGAAAGCACCGAGGUUGAGGCCAAGAAUGACAAUGGCAGUUCAGAAGAAAACGAAACUGAGGAGAAGAAAGACAAUGUCAAUACAGAAGAGAACGAGGAGGGUCAAGAGAAGAGUGGUACUGAAGAGAAUGAAGCUGAAGAGAAGAAAGACAAUGUCAAUACAGAAGAGAAUGAGAAGAGUGGUACAGAAGAGAAUGAAGCUGAAGAGAAGAAAGACAAUGGUGGUACAGAAGAGAACGAGGAGAGUAGAGAGAAGAGUGAAGCUGAAGAGAAGAAAGAGGAUGGUGUUGGAGAAGAGAAAGAGGAGAAAAUAGAGGAAGUGACUGAUGAGAAUGAAGGGAAGGAGAAGAAGGAGAGUGAGGAAGCGAGAGAGAAUAAUUACAAGGGAGAUGAUGCUUCUAGUGAGGUGGUUCAUGAGACCGAUGAGAAGGUGCAAGCGGAGGAAGACAAGACCGGAGAAUCUGAAGACACUGUUAUCAAGAGUGUUUUGCCGACUAAUAAUGAGGGAAGCAGCAGUGAUGAGAAGAGCACUGGUAAUGGUGAUUCGGAUUCCUCUAGUGAAAUAAAAUCUGAGGGUGAGUCCAUGGAGAAGAAUGAGAUGGUGGAGAAGGAAGGGUUCAAUGAUUCUAAUGGUGACUUGCCUGAGUCUAACCACUCACCGUCUAAUGCAACUGAGGCUACAGAAGAAUCUUCUGGGAAUGAUGGGUCAGAGUCUACUGUAAAGACAGAUGAGAAAGAGAAGGAAGAAUCUUCUGAAAACUCAUCUCAAGAAGACAGUAAAGGUGGAGAAACUGAGACUAAGGAGAAAGAAGAGGAAUCUAAAAAUGGAGAAACUGAGGGAAAGGAGAAAGAAGAGUCUUCUUCUCAAGAGGAAUCUAGAAAUGGAGAAAACGAGACAAAGGAGAAAGAAGAAGAGUCUUCAUCUCAAGGGGAAAGUAAAGAUGGAGAAACGGAGACAAAGGAGAAAGAAGAGUCUUCUCAAGAGGAAUCUAAAGAGAAAGAAAUAGAGAGAAAGGAGAAAGAAGAAGAGUCUUCAUCUCAAGAGGAAAGUAAAGACAAAGAAAACAAGACAGAGGAGAAAGAAGAGCCUUCAUCUCAAGAGGAGUCUAAAGAGAAAGAACCAGAGGAGACAAAGGAGAAAGAAGAGCCUUCAUCUCAAGAGGAGUCUAAAGAGAAAGAAACAGAGGAGACAAAGGAGAAAGAAGAGCCUUCCUCUCAAGGAGAAACUAAAGAUGGAGAAACUGAGACAAAGGAGAAAGAAGAAGAGGAAACCAAAGACAAAGAAACUGAGACAAAAGAGAAAGAGGAGUCUUUGUUGCAAGAGAAGAAAGAAGACAACAAGGAAACCGAGAAAGUUGUGAAAGAGGAAGAGUCUUCCUCCCAAGAAGAAAAUAAAGAGAAAGAAACAGAGGAGAAAAAUGAGAAAGAGGAGUCUACGUCCCAAGAGGAAACUAAAGAUAAGGAGUCCGAAACCAAGGAGAAAGAGGAGUCUACGUCCCAAGAGGAAACUAAAGAGAAAGAAGAGUCUUCUUCAUCCAACGAUAAUUCACAGGGAAAUGAAAGUACUGAGAGUGAGAAGAAGGAAGGAGUUGAGGAGACCGAGAAGAAGUCUGAUGAAGGCAGUAGUGAAACUGGCAAAGAAAAUGGCAGUGCUGAGAUUGAACAAAAGCAACCAGAGGAUACUACACAAACAGAGUCAGAGAAAGAGGAAAGCAACAAGAAUGGUGAGACAGAGGUAGUGGUGAGUGAGAACGAUCAACAACAGUCUGACAAUGGUCUUCCUCAAGAAGUAAAAGAUGUUCGUACCGAUCUUGAAACUCUGCCAGAUUCUGGUAAUGGAGGUAACAGUGAUAACGUUGCGGCUGAGUAGAUCAAAUUCUCUCAUUCAUGUUGUUUAGUAGAGAUUUUGAAUUUGUGUCAUGUAAUCUGUUGUAACCUUUCUAUUACACAUAUGGGCUGGUGUCACAUUUAUUUUAUUGUUUUCUCUGUUGUCUUUAGAAUCAAAUUCUUGACACUUCAUUAUCAAUGGGAUUAAACGUUUUUGUUGUAAGAA